UGAAAAUAACAAACAAAAUUUAAAGGUAAUGAAUAUUAUCACAGAGUCGGUAAUUUAUCGAAGUUAUAGGAUUACAUAUUUAUGCGGAUUAGUACAUCCAAGGCGUUUGAGUAAAUUGUCUCGUUCUGGUUGAAUGAUCUGUCAAACAAGUUUUCUUGACAAUCUGACAUUAUCGAGUAACUUAUUCUUUUAUAAUUUUCUGUGAUAGGGUAGUAGAAGCAUUUUGUUGCUUUUCUUAUAGAUAAAAUUAAUUUCCCAUCGCAAAUGAUCUUGUUUCACUUGUUUGUUUACGUUCAAAAGAAUCUAAUUAUAGCUCAUAUGCAAAUUAGUUAUUUUGGACCAAUGAAACGUCGCUUCGAGCAAUUAAAUGAAGUGAUAACCAAUGAAAUUUGUUGUUUCAUUACUGGACGGCCGCCAAUAUUCGAACGAUCAGUUGUUUGACAGCUGUCGUCUGUAAACAAAGAGACUUAACGGUGGUUACCAAUUUUUUUAUUUGGUACCCCGAUUUGCAGGUGUAAAACUAUUUAAUUUACACUUGCAUUAGGUCUCUUACUAAUUCAAAUAUAAUAUGGUAGCGUUUGAAGUCAUACACAAUGGACAAAAUGUGGAAAAUAAAACGAUUACGGUGGACGUCAAAACGGAGGCGGAGGUCAAGUUCAAACUAAAGAAAGGAAUUUCAAAUGAAUGUGCAAAAGUAACGCCAAAGGUGCAAGAGAUUUUUGGAAAGUUACAGAAACUAAGAGCAAAAGAAGAAUCUCAGCUUUACACACUUGCUUUGCCUUCAAUUGGAACAGAAGAUUGUAUAGGUGUCUGUGAGCGGGACUCGGCUAUUACAUCAAUUAAGUCUAUGCAAAGAUUUUACAACUAUGACAGUGAAACUCUAGCUGAUGCUGUAAACUUUUUAGACAGAUUUAUUUCCAAAGUUAAGGUGAAAAGGCGCUAUUUAUCUUGUGUUGCUGCUGCAGCCUUUUUCUUGUCAACAAAAAUGAAUGAAGAAUCUGAGUACCACCCUACAGCUACAGACCUCUCAAGUUUGCACCGUCAUUGCUGGAAACCAACAGAUUUAAAAAGGAUGGAAAAAAUUUUACUGGAUAAAUUAGACUGGAAUCUCCACCCUUCUGUCACCAGUUUGUCAUACAUACAUAUCAUAUACAGAAUGCUGUCACUGAUUAGUUCACAGGUUGACAGACACUUCUUAGAGUUAUUAGUACAAAGAUCAGAGCUGUUUAUGAACUAUACCAGAUGUGCAAGAUAUCAGGCCAGUACCCUUGCAUUGAGUAUAGUGCAACAGUGUUUGAAAGAAACAGAUCUCCAUUCCAAUUUAUCAAAAUACCUACUUAUACAUGUCCAGACAGUACUCAGGGUAAGCGACUCGGAGCUGUUUGAUUGUCAAUGUGCAAUAUCUAAACAACUGGAGCUGUACAACACACAUCCUUCUACUCAUCCCCGGUGCCUCCCCAUCCCUAGAAUUGUGCCACGCCCUAACUUAAUCAAAAGGCCAAGUUUUUAUUGUAGUACUGAUCUUCCUACAAUAGAGGAGGUGUCAUGGGGCACUGAUUCUAGUGAAGAUGAAGAAGCUAUUCAACUAGAUAAUGAUGUUGAAUGUUUUACAACAGGGUCAUUCAACAUCACCCAAACAUACUGCCAUUUACUAGACCAGUGUUAUCCCAGAGACCAAGAUUUAUUUCAUUACAAAAAGUGCAAUAUUACUGUGUUAUAAACACCAAUAGAUUUGUAUGAAUAUAUUUUUAUCAAUGCAUGUUAGAUUUUUUAUUGUUAUAAAGAUUUUGAAAAUACGAAGAAAAAAAUCUUAGAAGUAGGUAGAUAUUUUAAAUUAUAAACUUAUUGUUGUAUAUUAUUUUUACAAUUUAUAAUUCAGUCAGCAAUAUGUUAUGGUUGAACCCUUUUAAAUGUUAUUUUAGGAGUUUUUUUAUUCUUGUUGUGUGUAAGUGUGUUUAAAGUGUUUUAGAAUUAACCAAUUGAGAUAUUCUUGUUAAUUUUGUAUUUUAAAUGGUAAAUUUGUUUACUUACUCUUUAGCAAAGAUUUGGUGCAAGCUAUUAUAAACACUAACAAAAAGAAAAUGGUUUAAAAGAUGCCAUUUACUUUGAAAGUUAAUUAUAAUUUAAGUAUUAUUCAUUGAUUUUAAAACAUUUCACUGUUAAAUCAUUUUUAAAUGUACCAUAAUUGUUGAACUUAAUUAACAUUUAAAUGGUUUAUCAUUGAAUGUUUUUAUAAUAUAAUAUUAAGUGUUAUGCCUUAUGUUAAGAUCGAAUUUCUUGUAUGCCAUCUGCUGUAUUUUUGUCUCAGAACAACAUUGGUUUUAUUUUGUAUAAUGUAACAAUUCAAUAUUAAAGAAUCAUUAGUCUGUUUGUGUACUUGAAAUGCAAAAAUGUGAAGAUAAAAGAGUAAAAUAUGAUUAUGAAUGUAAAAUUCCCAAGGAGACUGCUUCAAGCAGGGAUAUAAUCUGUGAUAUAAUAUAUAUUUCAUUUUAGACACAUUUUAAUUAGUCAUCAUAUAUCAUUCAUUCAUUUACAUUAUAUUUGUCCCGUUCUUUAGGUAAAAAAGGACCUCUGUAUGUUUAUCAUUUUAUUUUACGUGCAAACUUUAAAAGAUAUGUAUAUAAAUCUUGUUUUACAUUAAUGAAAAAUAUGUGCAAAAUAUUUUCAAAAUAUUACCAAUACUGCUAUCCAAAAUUGAUGUUUUUGUCAAUCUUACAGGCAAAUUUGGUUAGAGCAAGCAAGUUAAUACAAUUUAAUGUACUAAAGUACACAUAGAGGUCCCUUUUUAACCAAGAUUUGUGCUAGUUUAAAUACACAAAUGAUAUAUUAUCAUCAUUAAUCAUCUUUAUAAAGCUAUAAACUGCCAAGAAAUAUAACUUUCAACAUUUAUUUUAAGAAAGUUUUACACUGUAUUUUAAUUCCAUUAUGUCAAAUAUUAUAGGGCCUAAUAAAGGAAUGCAAAGAA